AUGACGGAGGCAAAUUCCAAGAUUUGUACUUUUUGCAAAAGUACAUCGUUUUACACGGAGUCUGGUUUCUUUUACUGCACCCAGUGUCUAACACAAAAUGAGGACGCUAAUGAACAAGUAUUUGAAGCACAGUACGACACUAACACUAGAUUUCGAACCACAAAAAUUCAAAAGAGGAAAGUUGAGGAUACAGAUGUCAUUGGCUGGACAAGCUGGGAACUUUAUAAUUUUGCGUUGCUCAAAAUGACAAAUGAGCUGAUCGAAAUAGGGGCAGACCCUGCCAUAAAACUAACGGUUUUUCAACUGUGGACAUACUACUUGACUAAAUUAGAAGUUGCAUUUACAUCCAAAACUAAAAAGCUUAUUCCAAAAAUGUCCAGGCAGUUCAGAAAAAAAGAUGCAGAAAUUAUUUAUGGUAAGGUUAAAAAGAGUAAAAAGAAACGGCGCAGAAAAUCAGUGGCUAGUAGUAAUACAUCAUUAUUGUCGACAAGUAUUACCAGUGUAGGAAGUGCUUCGAGAAGAAGUUUCUUGAACAGCCAAAGACUUUUAAUUAAAGAUCACAAUCAACUUGCAAAAGAGCAGCAAAGCACUGAUGCUGAGGCAAAUAGUUCCAUGAAUCAAAGCUUGGACAGUCUGCAAUCAAGUUUUAGUAAAGCUUCGUCCAAUGCUGUCAGAAUUCGUUUUAAUAAAAGAGCCAGACUAGAAGCAAAAAAGGCAAAAGAAAAAGCUAAGAAAGUUCCUCGUGGAGUCAAAGAAUAUAUAAAAAAGAAUUAUGUAUCUGACAGCUACAGUUAUGGACCUGAUGUUCUCACACCUUUUAGGCUUUGGUGUGUUGCUUUUUUAGCUUUAAGAAUACAUAAUCAAAAGAUUUAUGCAUCAGACAUGCUAAGAUUUGGUAGAGAAAAUCAUCUCACGUAUUACAAAUUGCACAAUGCAAUACCUCCAGAAGUAGCUUUAGCUAAAGAUGAUUUAAUUUGUUUAACUCCGUCGUCAGAUAUUACACAUAAGGGCUUGAGAACAUUAUCUGCUAAAAUGGCACGCUUUUUAGGAAUUGAAAAACUUCCUAAGCCCGAUAUCGUGGGUCUCAUAAGAAGAUAUUGUGAAGAUCUUGAGUUACCAAAAGGCGUCAUAUUAUAUGCAGAAAGACUUUAUUUAUCUUCUCCUUGUAUAAUGGAUUACACCAAAAAAUCAUUAGUAAUUCCUAAUUAUGAAGGCAGAGCAAUGGCUUUCAUAAUAGUGGUUUUGAAAACUCUUUUUGGCCUGGAUGAUAUAACAGAAAAGGAAAUCAGCAGAGUAGUGGAUAAAAUCAACAGGAGUGCAGCGGAAAGAGACAUUUUGGAAGCCAAACUGUUUAGUUUUGGUGAAUGGCAAGAGUUUAUUGAGUGUCGCAAAGCUAUCUUGGCAAGCAUACAUUUUCCAUCAAAAGUCAAAUACGAUCCCGAAAACAUGAACAGAUCUCAUCUGUAUCUUCGAUUCAUGACAUUAAUGGACCAAAGAUUUAAUACCAUUCCCCCAGAGCUUGACAAAGGCAAAAACGUCGUCACUUCAACGGCUAUGGCCGAUAUUAUGCGUCAAUGUGUCAACGAUCUCAGUAAUUGCAAUAACGAUGCUAAAAUAGAGCCAUUGAAAGAAAUGAUGACGUUUCCAGCUUCAUUGACGCCAUUGAAAUUCUACAUAGCUCAGCUUGCUGAAGAUUCACACAUUGACGUACCUUAUGUACUACAAACGAAAUUUCAUGAUACCAAAGUUGGGUACAUGACGAAACCUGAAAAGCUAGUUGAAUUGGCAUCACAUUGCGACGUGUCAUUAAAAGUUGUGGAAAGCAGUUUACAUUAUUUGGAAAAAAUUGUGCCACCUUACAAACGCAUUAUAUCUCCUACUGUCAAAGAACUAUGCGAAUUCGUUGAAGUAAAAGCAUCAAGUGACAAACAACAUUUUGAAAAGAACUCCAGUGAUAACUUUCUCGAUUAUGUACAUAGAAAACGUGAGUGCAAGUUUAAGGUAAAUUCACAAAAUCUUCGGUAUUACUCUGUUGUGCAUGAGAAAGAGUUAAAAUACAAGGAAGCCUCAGACUUUGAAGAAGACAGUUCUUUUAAUAAAAUUUUACCUGAUGGUCGGCUUGAUAUUAAAGAUGGCAGCGACUCCGAGGAUGAAAAUCCCGUUGAUCAACUAACAUUAGGAAUUAGGAAAAUUGAACUGUACAAUCAUGAAUUAACAGCUUUAAAUAACACUGAGAAAAAAGAUGAGAUUGAAAAAUUAACUUGUGAAAUUAGUAAGAGGUUUGUAAAAGCCUUUCACGGACAGAAGGAGAAUAAAAGAAUUACUUUACCGUCCGAUGACUCGAGCAGAGUCGAGUUGAAAGCAAACAAUAAAUCCAAAGUUACACAAAAAAUUGGAGAAAAUAAAACAAUGGAUUCCAGUCAGUCUAAGAGCAAAGAUGAAGACGAGUGUGUUUAUAUAUCUGAAUCGACUGUAAAAGAAGACGUGGCUAUCAUCAAUCAAACUAAAUCGAAUAACAAAAACCCGACGCUCGAUGAUGAAGAAAUACUCUUUAGACCUUACAAAGAUUAUUGGAUGCAGUAUUGUGACCAGGCAAUCGUUAAUUUUGAUUUGGUGGAAAAGGAAUUGCCGAAAAAUUUCUUGUGGCUGUUGAACGAGUGUGCUGAUAUGGUUGAAAUGACAACCGAAGAAUUGUACCUGGAGGUUUGUGUGGUUGAAUCUUUUCAUCUGACGAUCUUGAAGACCAGCAAGUCAGAAAAAGAUGGUGCGGAUUACCCGUUUCACGAUACCAAUUCAUCAAAGUACAAGAAUUACGUGACAAAAGAGUGGUUGUGA